AAAAAAGGAGAAAAAAAAGUCGUUUACUUGUCCAGUAGGUUAUAUCCAUCGUUUAUAGGACGAGACUUGGGGAUGCACUGAUCUUCACUGAAAUUGCUGCUGGUGCUCACCGUUUGAUUCCUUCCGAUCACAUCUCAGGCAACUUUCCGGUGGAACCGCCCGCAGGGUUUAUUUGAAAUCUGAGCUAUGUCUAAGUCGGUAGUAGAUGUCCCUCCAAAGGAUGGGUUUAGUUUUGAUUUGUGUAGAAGAAAUGCCAUGCUCUCCGACAAGGGUGUGAAGCCACCAUCUUACAGGAAGACCGGGACUACCAUUGUUGGUUUGAUUUUUCAGGAUGGCGUCAUUCUUGGAGCAGAUACAAGGGCCACUGAAGGACCUAUUGUCUGUGACAAGAACUGUGAAAAAAUUCACUACAUGGCUCCAAAUAUAUAUUGCUGUGGAGCUGGAACUGCUGCUGAUACUGAGGCAGUAACAGACAUGGUUAGCUCACAGCUCCAACUGCAUCGCUACCACACUGGUCGAGAAUCAAGGGUUGUUACAGCUUUGACUCUCCUCAAGAAACAUCUUUUCAAUUACCAAGGUUAUGUCUCGGCUGCUUUGGUGCUUGGUGGGGUUGAUAUCACUGGUCCUCAUCUACAUACUAUAUACCCCCAUGGAUCAACUGACACAUUGCCAUUUGCUACAAUGGGUUCGGGUUCUCUCGCUGCAAUGGCAAUAUUUGAGUCCAAAUACAGAGAAGGGCUGACUAGGAAUGAAGGCAUACAGCUUGUAGCAGAGGCCAUAUGCUCUGGUAUUUUUAACGACUUGGGUAGUGGAAGCAAUGUUGAUAUAUGUGUAAUAACAAAGGGCCACAAGGAAUAUCUGAGGAACCAUCUAUUGCCAAAUCCUCGUACUUACGUCAAUGCAAAAGGUUAUUCAUUCUCUAAGAAGACUGAGGUUCUGCUUACAAAGAUUACCCCAUUGAAGGAAAAGGUGGAAGUGAUUGAAGGAGGAGAUGCGAUGGAAGAAUGAAAGUGAACCACCCUGUACGAAGGGGUUCUUUUUUGUAGUUCCCAACAAUGGUGUUUGUUAAAUUAAAGUGGCAUAUUCGUUCAGUACUUGUUUCUUCAGUUUUUAAAGCUUGUUAAAUCAUUGACUGCAACUUUGUAUGCGAAUUUCAAUGGCGUACCCAUCUUCUGCCAUGGGAUUUCACCACAUGGAUAUACAAACUUUCCUAUCACUAUUAUUUUUCUA